AUGCAGGCCCAGCUCGAGGGCCUCCAGUCGGCGAUCUCCCAGAAGUGCGCUCCGAAGCAGGAGGAAGUACCCACGUCGGCGCUGCUCAAGCAGGCGAUCGGCAAGGUCAACACGGCCAAAUCCAAGCCCGAGUCGACUUCCAGGCGCCAUGAGGAUGCUGAGAAGGCAGUGGCCCAGUUACAAGAGCAGAUGGAGCAGGCAGCGGCUGAGGUGUUAGAGGCGCAGCAGGAGCAUCCGAAGGCCCUGGGGAAGUACAGCACGCAGUCGUUCGCGGAGGGCAUAUUUCAGAAGCCUCAGGAUUACAACACACGGUUCCAGUUCGAUGCGGCACCUUUCGAGGAGGUUGAAGACCUGGAGCAGGAACACAAGGAGCAGCUGGCCAGGUUCAGGCAGGACGCGGCGUCCCUGCAGGAGUUGCUCCACCGCGACAAAGCUCAGGAGGAAGCGAUGCUCGCCAUGGUUGAGACGGCGAAGAAGAUCAAGGCGGAUCACACGGCGAAGAAGCGCAGGCAGCACAAGUUCAUCAAUGAGAACGCUGAGGCCGCCGAGGUUUUCGCGUUCACGGAGUCCCACAUCCCGCCUGCUGGAGUGACCAAGCUCAAAAAGGAUCUGAGCAAAGACGGAUGGAAAGCAGCAGUUGCCGCAGCAGCACCGACGCGUCGCUCCAGGGAGGGCACCAGUGGCGGCGAGCUGCUAAUAGCCAAGGCGCACUGGGCGACCACCACGCACGAUGAGAUGAGGGAGACGAUGAACAAGCAGGGUACGAGAGACCCUUUCAGAGGAUUCGCUGCCGUGAGUCUCCACCUUCGCGGAGGCAACAUCGCACUCUUCUUUCUCGACCUCCUUCCAGGGGGUGGGCAUGCAAGGCAGCAACUUCGAGAGGGUUAA